AUGCCAUUGGCACGUCCCACCUCGCAGAAGCAUGUUUGCUCCCUCUGUGGUGAGACUGUGAAGGGCUGCAAAUGGCUGCACUUUACCAAGGGCCACAGAGUUUUGGGGCUUGAGGGCUUCGGCUUUGGCCGCAUGAAGCGGCAACGCAAAAAGCUUGCUGCAGAACAAUGCAGCAGUGCCAAUGCACGAAAGGCGACCAUCGCCAAGACUGCUGCAGGUCUGGCAAGAAGAAUGGUUGAUUUGAAGGCCGGUGAGCAGGGAGAGCACGAUUGCGAGAUCCUCCAGCUCCCACAUGUCGGCAAAGGCAAAGCUGUGCGUCGAUUCCACAACAAGCUUUUUUGUAAGAAGUGUAAGGCCUUGGCAAGCUCCGUCAAGAAGCUUUCAAGCGUGAGAUGCGAUGCCUCCUUCAAAGGAGGUCCGAAGCGAAAGCAGCUGAUUGCUAGUUUGCAAAAGUUUGCUGAUAAGCUCAGUGUAGGUUCGCAGGAGCACACCGCAACCUUGCAGGUGGUUUCGAAGAUUUCUCCUCCUGCCAAUGUGGAUGAGCUGGUCCCAAGAGCCCACAAUGUGGUCCAGGUCCAGACGCCAGGCAAACGCAAGCAGGCCGCUUUGUUCUGCACUCGCUGCCGUCGCCUGUCUGCCACAAAGAAGCAUUUGAAUAAGUUCAACUGCAGUUCAGCAGCGGUUUGGUCCCCUGCGCGUGAGCGGGUCUUGCGACAGGUCGAUGAAAACGCAAAGGGAGCCAAAGGCAAACGCUUGAAAGCGUUAAGUGAGCUGACUGAUUUGCUCACUGGGAAGGCGACUAGUAAGAGUCUCUUUGAGGCGAUCGCUGUCAGCGGUGAAGAUUGCAUCUUCAUAGGUGACUGGAACUGCACCGCUGAAGAAGAGCCUGUGUGUUCAGUUCUUCGCAGUGGGUGUUUGCAUAUGGCCGAUGAUGUCGAAAGACUUCAGACUGUGUUGGAGCGUCGCCUCCGUCGCACCCUGCGACGUCUGGCAGAGCUGCAAAAGACUGAUGCUGAUUGGAGCUUGGCACGUAAAGUGCUGAAUGCGCUGCCGUACUUGCAAAAGCAUUUUCCUGAGCUCACUGAGGUUCAGAAUCUGGACACAAAUCUUAUCGCUGUCCUCGAGCAAUGCUUGCAGAAAGAAAUAUGUGCUAGUCGGGAAGCUCGGCUGCAGUCCUGGAAGCGUAAAAUGGAGGAAGACGAGUCUUCCCUUGUUCGAUGGGUGAAAGGAGCUGACAAGGUUUCUUGCUUUGCCACUGACGACUCUCGGGUACGAAAAGCUGUUGGCAAGGCCCAUGGGCCUGACGGUUGGACGGGUGACUCAUGGUCCUUGUUGCCCAUGGGUUUCUUUGAUGCCUUGGCCAAGUUGUGGAAUGUGGUUAUGAAAACGGCGCGCUUGCCAUACCAGUGGCACUCAGUUCGUUGCGUUUUGAUUCCCAAAGAGGGGGACCUUGAUUUGGCAUUUGACGGGUUGCCGGCAAUCAAAGAGGCCAUGAGACACGCAUGGCUGGCGUACCUUUGGAGAAACGAGCCCCGCGCGCAAGAUGACGCGGAGGUUUGUCAACGUGUUUUGCCAGUCUACCAGGGACUGGAUCAAAACAUUUUUGGCGCUGAAUCGGUUGCUGUUUUGAAAGCUUUCAUUGCUGCGACUCAUUUGCGCGUAGAUCUUCUGUUGGUUUGCGAUAACCUUGCAGUCGUCAGACGUGUGAAGCAAAUCCAAACGACGGGAUAUUUGCCUCAGUGGGCGCCGGGCCUGUGGAAGGCCUUAAGCUUAGUUUGCUCCACCCACGAAAUUGCGUGGGUGCCUUCGCACGAUAAGCUUCUUGAUUGGACCGAGACUUGGAGACUCCUUAACAAGCGAGCCGACGCCAAAGCUCAGGAACAGGCCGCUCGGUCUGUGCACGAGCUUCUUGAUUGGAAAUUUACCUUUGAUGCUGCAGUGGCCUGGUCUGCUUCAGCGCUUGAUAGGCAGCGGAGUGCUUUGCGGUUCCUGAGGUACGGCAGCGCUUGGCGCGGAGUGCCGAACAAUUGGAGCGAGAUGCCUCGUGGCAUGGUGAGUGGUGGUGUUGCAAAACGACGAAUUGACCAGAAGGAUACCUUGGUUGACCAGAAGGUCGCCCACAAGCAGCAUGAGCUCGCCCAGCUCAAGGCCCAGGCCGAGGACCCACCGAGCCUGAGUCGCUGGGGCGCGGUCGCGGGCGCUGCCUCAGCUCGAGCAAAAGAGUUGGCAGAGGAGCUGCAGAGCACAGAGAAUGAUCUGGCUCGGAAUGCGCGCGCCAACAAGGAGCUCGAGCGCUUGGAAGAGGAGCUCGAACGCCGUGUCACGGAUGCUGCGGAUGCUGCGACCAUGCGGACCUGGGAGAUUUGGGACGCCUGGGAGAGGUGCAACGUGAGACCUUUUCGCUACAGGAUGGCCGCAACUGAUGUGGUGAUGCCUGUCAGCCUUCCGACCAGCGCCGGAACGCGCGAGGUCCUGGACUUGGGCUAUCCCGUGCUGAAUCUCCAGAAGUUGGAUGACCCCAAGGUGUCGCUCCAUCAAUGCUCCCAGAAGUACGGGCCUCAAGGCAUCCGCAGCAUCUUUGAGAAGCUGCAGGAGCGACUCAAGGAGCCCCAGUUUGAAGAGCUGAACUUGUCAGACAAUCAUGUGGGAGAUGAAGGUGCGGACUACCUGAAGGAUGGCCUCAAGAAUUCCAACACCCUGAAGCGUUUGUUGAUGCCACGAACUGGGCUGAAGACCAAUGGCUUCCAAUCCAUCGGUGAGUUGUUGCACCACUGCCCUAGCCUGGAGAUGCUGGUGCUCAGCUCCAAUCUCGCCGAUCCCGCGGGUGUGGAAGGCACCUUCACCGCAGGGCUUUCGAAGAACAAGUCCCUGAAGUCCUUGUGCUUGGCCGCCUGCCGCCUCGGCAACACAGGCGUCGCACAGCUUUGCGCGGGGCCUUUGGCCUCCCACGGGGCGUUGGAGCACGUGUCCUUCAGCUACAACCGCUUGGAGGAUGAAGUUUGCAGCAGUGUCAUCAAGAUGUUGGCCACCAACACCAAGCUUCGCAACCUGGAGCUGAAUGGCAACAGCUUGGGUACUCAAGCAGCCUUGGACUUGGUGAAAGGACUGGCCAGCAACAAGACCCUGCAGAAGUUGGGCUUGGCACAGAACUCCAUCAUGGAGAAGGGCGCUGCUGCAUUGAGCAACCACUUUGUGUGCGACAAGGGGCAGAACCUCGUGUACUUGGACCUUCGUUACAACAAAGUUGGCUACUACGGCUGCGUGGAGAUCCGCAAGAUGAUCAAGAAGCCCAUGGACGAUGACGAAGCCAACAAGGGCUGGAUGAUCAAUUUUGGAGAGCGACAGCUCAUGCUCAAUGCGCACUGA